AUGAAUAAAAGACGGCGAUCUCCUCAACCCUCAAAGAUAUUUAACUGAAGAAUAGGCGUUAGCUUUCACCAAAAGAAAAUCGAGAGACUAUUAAAAUAUGACGUGGCUGUAUGGAUGAAAGUCCUUUGCCUACCCUGAAAAAAGGUAAAAUUAAAAAAAAUGGUCUGUCUGUCUGUCAGAUAAAUUCCUUAGAUUUUUGCUUGAUUUUAGGUUAAUGUUGGAUCAAUUAAUUUUUGUGUUUUAAUCAUCACAUUAUUACUUUACUUAUUGCUAUAGAAGGUUACUCGUGAAAAAUGAUUAUAAAAUAACAUGUCAAUUCUAUCAUGUGUGUGUUAAAUAGUGGCUAUUUGUGUGGCACUUAUUCUGUUAUCAUUCAAGUGAUGUUUUAAAUCUAAAGUAAAAUAAUACUUACUAUAAACUGUUUACUUGUAAAUUAUUUAUUCAGUUUAUAAGUUUACUAAAAUUUCAGAUGUAUUCACCUCGUCAGAAAAUCCUGUGGUUUGCCUUCAACACAAGAAUUGCUAUAAUAAUUUUUCAAGCAAUAUCAAACAACCUUAUACCAGACCAUAAUGCCAACGUUUUCGUCAGUCCAGAAGAUCCAACACUACGAAAAACCUAUGUGGAUUCUAUAACAGAUAAGUUGUUUGGUGGAAUGAAGAGGUGGGAUGCUCAGUAUUUUAUACAUAUUGCACAAUAUGGAUAUACUUACGAAAAUUGUUUAGCAUUUUUCCCACUAUUUCCCAUAAUAGUGAGGUAUGUUGCAUAUGGAUUGUGUAGUUUAUUUGGAUCAUUGAUGAAUUUUCAUAGUUCAUUAUUAAUUUCUGCAACAAUAUUAAAUUUAAUUAUGUUUGUUAAAUCUGCUGAUAUAUUACACAAACUUAGUUUAAGAGUUUUAAGGAGUGAAUGUAAAGCAUACAAGGCUACAGUACUAUACUGUGUAAAUCCGGCAAGCAUAUUUUUUAGUGCUCCAUAUUCUGAGACAUUGUUUGCGUGGAUGUCAUUUUACACCAUGUUAAAAUGUACUGAAAAUGAAACAUUAAGAUUUGCUAAUAUUGAUAUAACAAGUAGUUUGCCUGCUGGCUUCUCUAUGAUUACUAGAUCAAAUGGCUCAGUGAACUUAGGAUUCAUAUUGUAUACUAGUUUCAAAAAUGUGAUAGAGAAAACUAUACCUGAGAUUCUAUACAAGUACAAAACAUUGAAACGCAGAAUAAUCUUACCUUUCUUGUUGUUACCUUUGUUGACAACUUGUGUUGCAUUAUUUCUAAGUAUAGUAAUUGCUUUGUUACCAUUUUUGUUAGUGCAAGUAUACAACUACUUUAAAUAUUGUGUACAUAAUGACCACAACUUACCUGAAUUUCUUUUUAAUUCUGAAUAUGUUUUGCCAGGGAGUGCAGAGAGUCCUUGGUGCAACUAUUCUUUGCCAUUUGCAUACUCAUAUAUUCAGAGCAAUUACUGGGAUGUUGGAUUUUUCAAAUAUUAUCAAUUAAAACAAAUUCCCAAUUUCAUGUUAGCUUCGCCCAUCCUUCUUUUAGUAACAUGCAAUUGUUUUUCAUACCUAAAAAAUAAUAUAAAGUUAUGUUUCCGGUUUGGUAUAAGAUCUCAUAUAUUUAGUUAUGGUCAAAGAAUACCUUAUAAGCCAAAGCAAAUUUCUAGGGGGUUUGGGGCCAAUGAUCCUAUUUUGUUUGUUUAUGUAGUUCAUAUGAUUUUUUUAACUAUCUUCUGUAUAGUUUUUGUACAUAUUCAAGUAUCGACAAGGCUGCUGGCUUCAGCAAGUCCAAUCUUGUAUUGGAUAUGUUCCAGUAAAAUGAACAUGGGCCCAACUCCAAUAUCAGAUCAAAAUACUAUUAAUGAGCACUUUCGUCGAAUCGGAAUUGGAAAAAGAAUACCUUCCCAUCAUUUAUCUAUAGCUAAUUUAGAAGGAGUUGAUAAUAUGUACAGCAAAUGGAAGACUUUCAUUAUUUCCAGAAAAAUGCCUGAUUUUCAGUCAAGACUGAUACAGUAUUAUUUCUUAGGAUAUUUUAUAAUGGGAAUAAUUUUAUUCCCAAACUUUUAUCCAUGGACUUAAAGUAUACUUGCUAUUGUUUUCUACUGCUACAUAUCUUAAUAAACAUAUCCCUUGUUACUAAUAAAUCGCUUCUAAUCCAUUUCUCAGAAUAUUACCAAAGAAUAUGUAAUGAUCUCAUAGGAACACUUAGCAAUGUGUUCAAAAUAUAAGUUUUGCUUAGAUAUAGACAUAUAUACAAGCAUGGGGCCUUUCAAGAUAAGUCCAUUUUAAAGUUAUGUAGGUGGUAAAAAUUUUGCCUAUUUAUCUUAAAUGUUAAGAGCUGUUUAACUAGUCAUCAAUAAAAGAUAUUGGCUUACUAAGUAUAAAUAAUGAUGAUAUAGCUUUACUCUUAAUUUUUGUUAAUGUGAUGUUUGUAAUAAGUUUCUAAGGGAUGAGGGACCAGUUCUAAGUGGUAUUUUUUAUUGUAAAUUGAAUUUACACUACUGAUAAUGUACUUUCCUUUUUCUUCUACUUAUGAAAUAUUUAUCUAAUUUAAAUAAGAUUUUGUUCAUAAGAACCCUCUUACCAGCAUCAUAAUAAAAAAAAAAUACAUUUCUCUUAUAAAUUUUAAGGCUGUCACAUUAAUAAUAUAGUUUAAGGCAUAUUUUCAGUUUUAAAAAUUGGCGAAUACUUCAAAAAUAAAUAAUAAAAACUGAUUUUCAAUUAAUAUGAAGAUUGGCAGACCAUAAAGUAUUUUAUAAUACUGUAGAAAAUAUAGGCCUUUUGAAUGAUUCAUUCAUGCCUUUAUUUAUCCUUCCACUUUACCUAGGCAAGGGCUCGCCGUGUUUCACUCAAUAUAAAAUAUUUCUAUCAUGAUUGUAGUGAAACUUGAAAAGAAAUAUUAAGAUACAUUCAGUCUGUGGUUCCCAUGACGUGAAAACAUUGUUGGCAAUUUUUUUUGUAUAAAAAGAGAGACUUUUAUAUGUUUAAUAGUAGACAAGCUACUGGAAAUGUGUUAUGAUGUGACAACAUAAGACAUCGUUUAGUUGAUUGUUUUACCGUCUCGCUUACUUCUUAUAGUUAACGAGAUGGCAACGCGUUCGUAACUCAUUCUAGUAGUAUACAUAGAAGUUUUUAUAAAAAAGUACAAUAAUACAAAACUAAUAUACCAAUGUCUGCAUGUCAGAAGAUAACAUUUCAAAAUUAGCUGAUAGUAACACGCAAAAAUUUUCUUUGUUUAUAACGUAGUUUAGGAGAAAUAAUAAUAGUAAUACAAACGUCAAUAAUAAAGUGAUAAUAAAAUGAUUUAAGUACCUCUGUAAGAAUUUUAGGUAGGAUUUUCUAUUAUAUAGCAACUAAAUUAUUUUUGGCACAUUUCUUUACAUUUUAAUUAUGUGCUAGCUGCAAAAAUUGUUUGACCGCACAAUUAUGAAUAAACCAAUACUGAAAUAAGUUCCAACCCGAGAUGGGCAUAAGUACUCGAUUACCUUAAUCAAGAUAUAUAUAUACUAAUAUUUUUUAUCAAGAUAUACAGCGUGUUUGGUAAUACCUCUAUAAUCCCGAAUAU